AUGGUUGGCAAUAGAGAUAUAAGUCUAACAAAGGAGCAUAUCGAGUUUUUGAACCAGCGUUUAGUCACUUUUUCGCCUCAGGACUUGAUAAAAUGGGCUUAUUUCACAUUCCCCAAUUUGUAUCAAACCACGGCGUUUGGAUUGACGGGGUUGGCUAUAACUGAUAUGAUAUCGAAAAUUUCCAAUUGUAAGAUUGAGUUGAUCUUUUUAGAUACCUUGUAUCAUUUCCCACAAACUUAUGAGUUAUUAGAGCGUGUUCAAGAAAAGUACCCUGAUUUGUUAAUCCACGUGUUUAAGCCGCUCGGGGUCGAGACAGAAGCUGAGUUUGUAGGUAAAUAUGGUGACCAGUUAUGGGAAACAAAUGACAAGUAUUAUGACUACCUAGUCAAAGUCGAACCAAGCCAAAGAGCGUAUAAGAAUUUAAACGUGAAUGUUGUCCUCACAGGAAGAAGAAAAUCCCAAGGUGGUUCAAGAUCACAAUUAUCAAUAUUGGAAAAGGAUGAAGCGAAUAAUAUUAUCAAAAUCAACCCAUUAUGGAAUUGGGAUUUCAACCAAGUCAAAAAUUACAUUGACGAAAAUAAUGUACCGUUUAAUGAAUUGUUAAACUUGGGCUAUAAGUCGAUUGGUGACUGGCAUUCUACUGUUCCAGUGGCCGACGGCGAGGAUGAAAGAAGUGGGAGGUGGAAGGACAAGGUGAAAACAGAGUGCGGAAUUCAUAUAGCAAAGGACUUUGCUCAUUUUAGAUUGAGCGACACUAUCGAGCGAAGCGAGAUAGUGGAGAAAGACUAG